AUGGCGGCGCUGGGGGAGGCGUUGAGAGCAGCGGUAGCCGCGCUGUUGCUGCUGAGCUGGGGCGCCCAUGGGCUCUACUUCCACAUCGGCGAGACUGAGAAGCGCUGCUUCAUCGAGGAGAUCCCCGACGAGACCAUGGUCAUCGGAAAUUACCGGACACAGCUGUGGGACAAACAGUCCGAGUCCUUCCUGCCCUCCACGCCGGGGCUGGGCAUGCACGUGGAGGUCAAGGACCCCGACGGAAAGGUGGUGCUGUCACGCCAGUACGGCUCCGAGGGUCGCUUCACGUUCACGUCGCACACGCCGGGCGAGCACCAGAUCUGCCUGCACUCCAACUCCACCCGCAUGGCCCUGUUCGCCGGGGGCAAGCUGUACCGCGAGGAGCGGUUCCGCAUGACGAGCGAGAGCACGAACCAGCGCGUGCUGUGGUGGUCCAUAGCGCAGACCAUCAUCCUCAUCCUCACCGGCAUCUGGCAGAUGAGGCACCUCAAGAGCUUCUUCGAGGCCAAGAAACUCGUGUAGCCCCCCACUGCCCCCGGGGGGCUCC